AUGUCUGGGCAGGCUAUAAGGCGAGUGAAUGUAGUGCCUCAUCCCAAAGUUGAAGUUAAAAAACCCAAACCACAGAAGAAGGCGAAAUUGGUAAAAGUCAACGAGAGUCUACAACCUGAACAGAUAUUAUCGGCCAUGACCCCUGGAAGCUUGACGUCUUUAGCAUCAGAGGAUGUCAGUUACAUCAUAAUCAAGUCUGAAGAUGAAAUUGGUGACGUCAAGAAAAGGAAAGUCGACAAGGCUGUUUGCGGCGCUGGUUUCAACAGCAGCAAAGAACUAUCCGAUCACACGAGCACCGAUCACGUGAAACUCAAGCCUUUCAAAUGUGAUAUAUGUAACAAGAGGUUCACGCAACAGGUGAAACCUUACCGAUGUGUUAUAUGCACAAAAUCUUUCUGUCAGUCCAUACAUUUGAAACAACAUAUGAGAACUCACACGAACGUCUCGCCGUUCCAAUGCGGAGUUUGCAACAAGAGAUUCAAACAGAGCAGCCAUCUGAACUACCACCUGAGGAACCACAACCCGGCAAAUCUGACGGAUGAACAGAAGAAGAGGUACACGGAGCUGAUCGGAAUGAUAAUCGAUCAAGCCGAAGUACCCGAUGUUGAGCAAAUGGAGCAAAUAGAAACAGAAGUUGCAGAAGGCACCGAAGUGGAAGUUGAAAUCAACGAAAUGGUUGAUAUCUCACAAGAGGAGCAGCAAGUUGCAGAACAAAGCAUCGAAGUGUGGGAGACGGAUCCUACUUAUGUUUUGAGUGAGGAAAGUGGUGAAAAGUGGACUGUGAAAUUGGUGGAUUGA